GAACAAGCUCCUUCCUUGUUCGAGUCUCAAGCACAUUAGUUAAAGGAGGAAUUAUGAAGCUCAGCUACCACCAACACCGACACCAUCAAUUCAUCUCCUUUCCUUGACCUGAUCGCCUCCUACCACAUGCACAUUGUAGACCUACAUAUUCCGGUCCUGGGAGAGGUGGCGACACCAGUCUGAGCUGAGGGAAGCCAGCCACGCCUCACUGGCGUGUUCUGACCAGCGCUAGCACCAGGCUUGACCAGUCCGCUCAGAAAUCAACAAGAACAGCCUACCUUCUUCAUCUUCUUCUUCUUCUUCUUAGCAGGAUUUUGCUAUUUGUUUUUGGCUUUGGUCCAGAAGAAUGGAGCGGGCCGAGUGAAGCGGGCAUCGAUUCUACUGAAUUAGAAAUCAGCUGGAUCGAGGGAGGGAAUUAAGAGCUUCAACUUGUCACCAAUGGAGGCCAUGACUGCAAAAGGCGGCCCGAAGCCCGUCCCCAACUAUCUUCGGCCAUCAACCGGGUCGUGCCACGAUGCAUGCAAGCACGGCGGGCAUCACGCGUUCGAGGAGAAACAAGCUCCAAGGGCCCAACCCAAACCCCGGAAGAAGCAGCAGCCGUCAGCUUCAGAUGAACAGAAGAGAAGGCUGGUCAAGGUACGGUCGGUGUCACGCAGGCGUGUCGGAGAUUUCAGCAAACCCGACAAGGCCGAUACGCCGGCCGGUGGGAGCGAGAUUGUUGUCGAGUGGAAGGACAUCGUGGCCUACGAUGCAGCGCCAGUGCCAGUUCCAGCUCCAGCCGAUGGACCAUCUCAUCAACAACCUGAUGGGAGGAAGAAGAGUGAUGUGAUGAAGGGGAAAACACCAUUUGCCAAGACCACCCAUCCGGAGGCUCCUGUCAAGAACCCAACCGAAUCACUGAACAAGAGGCUGGCUAAGACCGUCAGGUCGACGCUCACCAGGAAGGCCUCCAUCAAGAAGCCUCAAGCCGCCGCUAACAGUUCACCUUCUGACAAGAAGGGGGCUGGCAAGCCUCCGAAAGCCAAGAAAUCCGCGACAUUGCCCGUCGAAAACAAGGAAAUUGUCCAGGGUGGCGCAACUAAUGAUGUUAAACAGGGGAAGUCACUCUACCCUCCCGACCAAGAAGAGCAUGUGUCCAAUGCUGAAUCAAGCAGGCCCAUCCCGGCACAUCGGAGGGCCAAUAGCAUGAGUAUCAGCAGCCGAUCGGUGCGCUUUCCGUUCAGCCGACAACCGAGCAACAACUCGGCCACCUUCAAGCUGCGCUCCAAGAGCAGCAAGGCGCCCAUCCUCCCAUCCGAACAAGACAAGCCCACGCGGCUCAGAUUCAGAAAGGGGAGAGCAGCCGGCGAGGGGUCCAGCGGCGGCAUCCAGCUCAGGGCCAGGAGCCUGCGGAGGCGAGGGAGCGGCAUCUCAGGCAGCGCAACAGGCUUCAUGGUGCCAGAGGUGACGCUGAGGCACCAAAAGACGCUGGAGAGGAAGAAGAGCCGGAGGCUGUCCAACAACCUGAUCGAGGAGACGGCGAGCAGGCUGGCCAAGAGCAGGAAGAGCAGGGUCAAGUCCCUUGUUGGGGCUUUUGAAACUCUUUUCUCCAAGAUCGGAAAGUAGGGUUCAGCAGCCGCAUUGCACCAACGUUUUGUUUUGUUUGUCCAUGGGUUGAUUCUGUUUCUGCUAGUUCAAUCAGGCAGAGCUGAAAGCAAAGUCGAUGCUUUCUCUCAGCUUCUUGUAAUUUUAUGAAACAAAUUGUAUUCGAUGAUCGCAUGGAAGCAGUUCAUCUUCAGGUUCAGGUCCUGCAAACUUAA